CGUCCCAUGAAGGCGGCAUAGUUUUUACCUGGAAUACAAACCACUGGAUGUUUUAAUUUCCCACAGAAGUGAUUGAGUGAGUGAAUGUUGCGGAGUGGCCGACCAAUACGUGUAGAUCACUGUGACGCUCGCAUUGAGACAGCAGUACAUUUCUCUUAUGCAAUCGACGUGGACAGCAGAGAGAGAGACAGCGAUAUAGCUGAUUCUCGACAAGAAACGGGCAACGAAAGAUGCAGAGCAUUUCCGUCGGCUUCGCAGGUGAUAACUAAGCAUGCCGACUCGUGGCAUGACAGAACGACGGAAACAAAAAACCGAUACUGACGGCCGAUGCGGUGACCAUGAAAGCUUGAAAUGGAACAUCGUCAGCCUGCUUCACUGGGUCGUUGCAGUAUCAAGCUGUGCCUACGCCGUUUGGAGUUUCGCCGUCGACGACAAAAACCGCCUCCUUCCUCAACAGAUGCGGGGCGCCUUCAGACCUAGUGCGUAUGGAUUGCGAAGGAAGCAGGACGUGACAAACUUCGGAUGGCAAGUCGAGCUCUCGUUCGUCGUAGCGUCCUGGAAGUGGCUUCUGCUGCACCCUAUCCUAGCCAGGGCGACUGCUUACGCUGCUCCAUCGCUACUGCCAGUGUUUUACGCUGGCUACUCCGCGCUAUUUGUGGCCUCACUACUAGGGGCUGAGGUGGCGAUGGUCUUCCUGGGCCAACGCGCGCUGUUCUUUGCCGUAGCCAGGCUGCGUUCACCCGCAGUCUGCUAUGGAGCUGGACUGCUGCUCUUACUGCUGAACUUUGCCGUCCCCCGAAAUUUCUCGCAGCAACUUUACUUCCGAUACGGUGCCAUGGGUUACGUGGUGACAAUGGCUUGCUUCCAAUGGAACCUACUGCGGGGCCUCAGCUUCAGCCUGGACUACGUGCGAGCGCAUAGGCUGGCCCCGAAGCAAAGCGACGCCGGGCCGCCGUACUGGAGGACGCUGGCCUACUCGUUCUACCUUCCUCCGCUCUGUCUCGGACCAAUGCAGAACUACUGCGACUUCGAAACCCAGGUGGACAAACCAAGAACGAAGUGCACGCCGGCGGAGGUAAUGGCAAUCCUGGGAACGUUGGCUCGGAGUGGAGUCCAUUUCGUCCUUGUGGAGUCCUUCACCCACUACUUUUACAGUUCGGCGAUGUCGAAACUUCUCUGGACCGUCGCGGAUCUGGACACAACCAGCCUUCUGGGAUACGGCUUGGCUCUCAACUUCUUCUUCUACCUGCGCUACGUGUUCUGCUACGGCUUCGCUGGUGCCCUGGCGCGCGCCGAGGGAAUUGUGCUCCCGCCGCACUCCAAGUGCAUCGCUAGGCUAACUCGGUGCUCGCAGUUUUGGAGAUACUUCGACCGUGGCAUGCACUUAUGGAUCAAAAGAUAUGUCUACGAUCCCCUGGUUGGCGAUAGAAGAGGGGCAACCUGGAUAUUACUGGGCGCGGGAUGUGGGUUCAGCUUCAGCUGGCUUUGGCAUGGCAUGGACAGGCUGGCAACUGUGUGGUCCGUUCUAAGUGUGCUCGGCAUCGCAACGGAAGUGCUUGCUGCUGAAGCCCGGAAACUGCGGCCCAUCAGGGACUUUGAGGCACGACACCUAACCACACCUGAGCGGCUUCGGGUGGCAGGGUCUGUUCUCGGCUCCCCAAACUACCUGCUGACCAUAUGUGCCUGCAUCUUCCACCUUGCCGACUUCGACAUCUGCCUCAUCCUUUGUAAAAGGAUACUUCUCGGUUUCCCGUUCCCUCUUGUUCCUGUGCUGGUCGUGCUCUACACAGCGUGCUAUAUGCAGCACGACGUUGUCAAGUGGGAGACGUCUGCAAGAUUAGGGCGAAAAAAAGAAACUUCAUCUUAACAACUGAUAACGCAACAAUAUUGUGUCAAAAAUAACGCAAUCAUAUUGGAUUAAUAAACUGAACUUCUCUA